CCAAUUGGAACUUGCAGAACUCAGAGAGUACUAAGUAAUCUGCUCCUGUACCGCCGAUUUCCACCGCUAGCUGGCACCAUCCGAUGGCCCUGGAUCUAAACCUUGGUUGCGGAGUUUAAUUCACUUUGUUGCUUUUUCCGAGCCGAUAUGACGCCCAGGUACUUGAGUUGUUUGAGUUGUAAGAUGACUUUUAAAUCUCCGUCUUUGCUGGAAAAGCACCGGGAGAAGUUUUGCAUCGGGACUGAGGUCGGAAGAGCGUUGAUAACUAAAACCCCUGAAGAUAUGCUUAAUCAGCUGAAGGACUAUAAGAUACGCCGUGAAGAGCAGAGGAAGCAACGGGAAAUGGAGGAGCGAGAUAAUCUGGAAGAAAUGGAUGAGAACGAGAGGAGGUUAAUGUGUGAUCAUUUGACAUCUGCUGAACAGGAAGACUUUGCCCAGGAUGGCCCAAACCUGAGGCAGCAGUGGUUUCGGGAACACAAAAAUCAGUUGCAAAACCUGGCCCAAGCUCAUGGAAACCACGUCACUGCUCUAAUAUCUCGUAACAAGGAAUUAGAGGAACAGCGAACAGAGGUUGUGAAAAAAUUAAAAGACUUGUCUCAGAAAGGUAAAAUCACUUCGCAAGUGGAGAAUAUGUUGGCAGAGCUCAAAGCUCAAGAAUACAAGAAUGAGCUACUUCUGGAGUCUAUGAAGCAACAGCUGGAGAUUCUACAGCUGGAAACCAUACAAAACAAGGUUGCAAGCAGACACCAUACUUCACAGUCACAUUUAUCAAAGAAAAAGGAGAAGGUUCAGCAGCUGCAGACAUUUCUUCCUUUCUAUGGUGGAGGAAGCCUGUCAUCUGAAAUCAGUGCCUUGCGACUUUCCUACCUACAGAAUGGCGGCAAUGAUCAAUUGAUCCUCAUCCAGCUGCACGACCUCUUGGCUGAAGCUAUGCAACUGGAACAGAGGGUGAAGCAACCAAAAACUCAACGGAAGGAGAGGAGCUACAGGGAACAUGAAACAUCCAAACGCAAUUUGGAUUCAGAGCUGAUCUCUCUGGAGGUAGAAAAUCAGCAACUCGAAGAGGAAAUUCUCAAACUGCAGCUCAAGCAACAAAGGAAUCGCAAAAGUCAAAAAGCACUGAAGACUUCCAUUGGUCAAAGGCUAACGUUAUCACUAUAUGGAGAUGAAAGUGAUCAACUGAUCAGGAAAGAUAGUUACCAGAAAAUGAGGGCUCUGAAGACAGAGAUUGAUCUCUUGAAACAAGAAGUGGAGAUCCAGCGCCUUCAGCGUCACAUGAGGAACUCAAAGACCAGGGACCUUCCCAAUGUUACUGAGCGAACUUCUUCAUUUCUGCCAAUGGAGGAUGCCAGACCUCAAACUCCAACUCUUGCUAAACAUUUUCUAGAUUCCAGUGAGGGCUUGGGACCUGCACCCUAUGAUCCAGUAGCUGGUUUUGUGGUUUUCUAUGAUUUUCUCCUGGGAUUGGAUGCUACGUACCGGGUUUGCCGCCUGGUGGUGGGCCUUUACCAUGGCGGGCAGGAAAUGGGUGAUCCCUCUCCACUUCCAGCUGUCUACUGCGAUAUUGACAACUUACCAAACUAUUUUCCAGAAUCUGGUGGAGGCAACAGAGCAAUCCUGGCAGUCAAGCAAGUUGUGCCGAGGGUCCGUCCAUCUCCAGGAAUUAGUCUUAUAAUCGAGCUACAAGCUUCUGGGGGCUUUGAUCCUUAUGGGCAAGACAUCAACCGUCUCAUUUCACGAGGCUGGAUCAAGAUUGAUACUUUUGACUCCCAGAAUCGUGUGAUCAGUGGCCGAUGGAAAGUUCCAGUUCGAGUUCUACCAGUUAAACCAUCCAUGACUACCGGUGAAUUGAAUGGAGUACCUCAGUUGGAAAAUGUGGAAUUAUACCUUCGUUUAGUCAAUGCAAGAGAUGCAAGUGUCCAGACAACUGCGGCCAUUGAUUGCAAUAAUGCGAGCUUGUAUAAAUAUCCACCACUGGCAUCAGUACGCACUACUAUUCCCAUUGAUGCUCCACUCUCGUCUUAUUGUUCGUCUUACCAUUACCCAACCGUGCAAAUGGUCCAACCCUCUUUUGGUGAGACUGUGGACCCUCCACCUCCUUCUGCUGAUAUGAUGGUACUUCAGUGUUCUCCCUCAGCCAGAACUCAAUAACCAUGAUUCAAACUCACCAGCCCCAAGACAAAGCAAAAUUCAUAAUGCAAAACAGUAUUCCACUGUUGAAUGAUAUUAAACAGCAAAAAUUGUGAAAACUGUACAGAACUUCCAUUGGUGAUGCUAGUAAGAGGUUCUGGGGCAAUGCUCAUGACUAGUCAGAGAUUUUGUAGAAGUGUGAUGUCAAAACUUUGAUAAGAAAUGGAAUAUUUGCAAGAAAUGUGCUACACACAGGGCUUUUAAAGUAAUUAAUGUGCAUGUGUUCAAUAUAACAUCUUAUAGACCAAUUAGAGUUGGAUCUUCUGUCCCCACCAAUACAGUUCUGUACUUAAGCCAAAAUACUCAUAUUAAAAGAAAAUAAGUGAACCUAUGUAGAUAAUCUUGCAACAGGAUCUCAUCCAAUGUGACCAAUUCAUUGAAACUGCAGAUAUGUGGAUUCUGCAUGAUAAAACCUGCCUCAUUAACUGCAAUCUGAACAGCUGACCAGGGCACAAAACUGGUAACCCAAACUGCUGUGUGUUGAAUGGUCAUUUGCAAUAGAUAUCACAGAGUGUGACCCCAUUGAAAAGAAAAUUGUCACAUUCUGUAGGAGAGUCAUAGAGUCAUACAGUACAGAAACAGAUCCUUCAGUCCAACU